GCAACACAAGAUCCCCACGCAGACGACGACGUCGACGACAUUUCUCACAGCAGCACUUCCACUUCACACCUCGACAACUCGUCCUUCCUGCAUCGUAUAUAGAACUUCGUACCAUCAAGUCUCGUCGCCCAACCUCCUCUGCCUUAGCACCCGCCCAACACCCAGAGCUGAGCACUCAGGACCCUUUCCUCUCCUGAGCUGCUUCCGCCUCUCCCUCACCGAACCCCCCACGUCCCCCCUUCUUCUCUCGCCUGGCUCCUCCCACAGGAUGACAGUCGGAAACCCAGACAGCUGGAUCGCUCAGCUACGGCAGUGCAAAUACCUCCCCGAAGCCGACAUCAAGGCCCUCUGCGACCAUGUACGCGCCAUUCUCAUGGAAGAGUCAAAUAUUCAGCCCGUAAGCAGCCCAGUCACCGUCUGUGGAGAUAUUCAUGGUCAAUUCUGGGAUAUGCUAGAGCUCUUGAGGGUCGGAGGUGAUCCACCGGAUACGGGGUAUAUCUUCAUGGGGGACUUUGUGGAUCGAGGAUACUUUUCAUUGGAGACCUUCUCGCUACUCAUGGCACUAAAAGCAAGAUGGCCAGAUCGGAUUACCCUACUCAGGGGGAACCACGAGUCGAGACAGAUCACACAGGUGUAUGGCUUCUAUGACGAAUGCCAGCACAAGUACGGAAAUGCCAAUGUGUGGAAGAGUUGCUGCCAAGUGUUCGACUAUCUGAAUCUAGCUGCUAUCAUCGAUGGAAGGGUACUAUGUGUGCAUGGAGGUCUCUCACCAGACGUGCGGACACUAGAUCAGAUUCGGAUCAUUGCAAGGGCCCAAGAGGUGCCGCAUGAGGGAGCCUUCUGUGACCUUAUGUGGUCAGAUCCUGACGAUAUUGACACAUGGGCGGUGUCGCCGAGAGGAGCCGGAUGGUUGUUUGGCUCAAAGGUGACAAGAGAGUUCAACCACGUCAACGGCCUCGAGCUAAUAGCCCGCGCCCACCAAUUAGUCCAAGAAGGCUUCAAGCUGAUGCACGACAAUGGCAUCGUCACUGUGUGGUCUGCGCCCAAUUACUGCUAUCGCUGUGGCAAUGUGGCGUCCAUCUUCCAAGUAGACGAUCUUUUGGCGCUGGAGGAGGGAAAGACGGUGGAGGAUGCGGCUGGGGAGAGCGAGGGGGAGAGGACGGCAGCGGAGCGGUUCGGAGAGAAGAACUUCAAGAUCUUUGAUGCGGUGCCAGAUCAAGAGCGUACAACGCCGAGUCGGAUGAGUCAAUCGCCUUACUUUCUAUAGAAGGCGAGGGGACGACGACGACGGCGGCGAUUGUAGUGGUCGUAGUCGUAGGAGAAGUGGUAGUAGGAGGAGUGAGAGAACUUGUGGCAGUAGUAGCAAUUGUAGUAGCAUACAGACCAAUGCAUCAUCAUCGUCAUCAUCCU